AUGGCUCUCUUUUACCAUGGACUAAACCAAACGGAACUCGCAUUGCGGCACAUGUCCCGUGCACUGCUUUUACUGAGUUUGUCAUCUGGCCCAAAUCACCCUGAUGUGGCUGCAACUUUCAUAAAUGUUGCAAUGAUGUACCAGGACAUUGGAAAGAUGAACACAGCUCUUCGCUAUCUGCAAGAGGCCUUGAAAAAGAAUGAGAGGCUUUUAGGAGAGGAGCAUAUUCAAACUGCACAUGAGAAGAAAACGUAUGACAUACUUGUCAAACAACUUGGUGAGGAGGACUCAAGGACACGAGACUCCCAAAACUGGAUGAAGACAUUUAAGAUGCGAGAACUGCAGAUGAAUGCACAGAAGCAGAAAGGUCAGGCAUUGAAUGCAGCUUCUGCUCAAAAGGCGAUAGAUAUAUUGAAGGACAUAAAGCAUGCCCAAGUAGUUGUGGCCAAUCCUGACCUGCUGCAUGCAUUCCAAGCUGCUGCUGUUGCUGGAGGAUCUGGAUCCGGGAGUUCCAGUGGUUCAAUCAACAAAUCCCUUAAUGCAGCAAUAAUCGGUGAAACUCUUCCGCGGGGGAGGGGAGUAGAUGAACGAGCUGCUCGUGCAGCAGCAGAAGUUAGGAAGAGAGCAGCUGCUAGGGGGCUCUUGAUUCGCCCACAUGGUGUUCCUGUCCAAGCUUUGCCUCCACUCACUCAGCUCCUCAACGUCAUUAAUUCAGGGGCGACUCCAGAUACAGUCACCAACGAGGAAGCAGGUGGAGUGAAGGAAGCUAAUGGGCAAUCUUCUAAUGGCCCAGUAGAUACGCAGAAAGACCAACCAUCAGGGCAACUUCAGGCUCCUGUUGGAUUGGGUAAAGGCUUGACAUCAUUAGAAGCCAAGAAACAGAAAGCAAAAGCGAAAGUUGCAGCUUGA